ACUGAGGGAGGCAGAAGAGGGAGUCUGUCCUAUCAUCAUCCCUCCACCAUCCACCAGCUCCCAAUAUCAGCCACUGCCUGCCAGUUUACAUGAUUAGUCCUGUCUACCAGCAGAGUCCACUCUGAGCACAGACAGCCAUGUGGGGAAAUAAACAGCUCUUCUCUCUCCUCUUCAUCACUACAGUAACCGCAAACAGUAAGAUUUUUGGCGAUACAGAUCAUGUGCGGAUGAUUUCUGAGGGCUCGGAUUGUCGCUGUAAAUGUAUAAUGAGACCCCUAAGUAAAGAAGCUUGUUUCCGUAUUAAAGAUGGCAGUAUGCGUGUGGAGGAUUAUUACACAGUGGAGACUGUCAGCUCAGGGUCGGACUGCAAGUGUUCCUGUACUGCACCGCCAUCAUCUCUUAAUCCAUGCGAAAAUGAAUGGAAAAUGGAGAAGAUGAAGAAACAAGCUCCUGAGUUAUUUAAGCUGCAGUCUAUGAUAGAUCUAUUGGAAGGAACCCUAUACAGCAUGGACCUGAUGAAAGUGCAUUCCUACAUUAACAAAGUGGUGUCACAGAUGAACAAUCUGGAAGAGACCAUCAAAACAAAUUUAAGCCGAGAAAAUGACUUCAUGAAGGAAAGUGUCAUCAACCUUUCUAAUCAGAUGAAGAAGUAUGAUAAUUAUUCUGACAUUAUGAUGAGCAUCAAGAAGGAGAUUUCCAAUCUGGGCUAUCAGCUGCUUCAGAAGGAUGCACCUGAAAACAAAGUACAGCAGGACACAGCAGGAACAAAAGUAACAGAUGCCAAAUACCCGAACAGCAAGAAGAACUCUGGGGAUAAGACGCUGUCUAAAGUCACCAAGGAGAAACCACAAAGAUCUGUAAAAAACAAGAAAGAUGUCAGCAAAGCCAAACCAGUGUUAUCUCAGCCAACACCGAGGCCUAGAUCCCCUGUGCACCAGCAGCCCGUGGUAAUACGGGGCGUAACCUACUACAAAGCUGCAAAGCAUGAGGAGGCUGAUGGCCUUACAAGCCAUAGAGAGAACACAGGGAGAUUGACUUUGCGAGGAGAAAAGAUAGAUGCCAAAACAGAGGCAAACAUUUCAGAAUCCCGCCUUGUACAUGAGGAAAGGACUGUGGAGACUGAGAGAACACCCACAACUACUAUCACCACCACCACCAGCACCACAACGACGGAACCCACCACUACCACCACAACUGAGAGCACAACCACCACCACGAUGGCCCAAACCACCACCCUGACAGAAUACUCCCUGACAGCUCUGUCUUCUACAGGGCUUGGGUCUGAAGCACAAAACAUUAAUAAAGUCAGAGAAGGCGAGUGUGAAGGCACCAUCGCAUCAGUUGAGGCUCCUAAGAAACACCACAGUUAUGGUCGGAAUGAAGGAGCCUGGAUGAAAGACCCUGCGGCAAAGGAUGGGAGGAUCUACGUUACUAACUAUUACUAUGGCAACAAUCUAGUGGAAUUCAGAAAUCUCGACAAUUUCAAACAAGGUCGUUGGAGCAAUCUGUAUAAGGUCCCUUACAAUUGGAUUGGCACGGGACAUGUGGUAUUUCAGGGAGCCUUUUAUUAUAACCGGGCAUUCACUAAAAACAUUAUCAAAUAUGAUCUGAAGCAACGAUUUGUAGCAGCCUGGACACUCCUGCAUGACGUGGUUUAUGAGGACACCACUCCGUGGAAAUGGAGAGGACAUUCAGAUAUUGAUUUCGCUGUGGAUGAGAGUGGCCUGUGGGUCAUCUACCCAGCUGUGGAUUACGAUUAUUCGCAACAAGAAGUCAUCGUCAUUAGCAAGCUUGACCCCAAUGACUUAUCUGUGAAGAAGGAGACUACAUGGAGAACUGGCCUGAAACGCAAUUCCUAUGGAAACUGUUUUAUAAUAUGUGGAAUACUGUACGCUGUGGAUGUCUACAACCAAAAAGAGGGACAGAUUUCUUAUGCCUACGACACACACACUGACACUGAAGCAGAUCCAAAGUUGCCUUUUAUUAAUGAAUAUGCCUUUACAACACAGAUUGACUACAACCCCAAAGAAAAAGUACUGUAUGCCUGGGACAAUGGACACCAGUUGACCUAUAAAGUGAACUUUGUGGACUGAUUGAAUGAAUAGCUUGUUAACAUAUAGGUCAGUCCUACACAAAGAAAGCACUUUUACGAAUCGGUUAUAACAUAUUGCUUGGGGAGCGACUGAAGUAUUAUGCUCUGGCUGAGGAGAAAAUACCCAGGCCAUGAAGAGUCUAAUGGCCUAGAAAUGUGGUAUGUGACUAAUCCAUUGUUAAGAAGCUGAACAAAAUUGUAAAAGCGUGAAUGGGCAUAGGAUGAAUGGGUCACGGUAUAAAAGAAAAAAAAAACAUUUCAUUGUCCUGCCUUUCGACAUGCUAUAUUUUUUCAUUUAACCCCAAUGAAGGAGCUGGAACAAACGUAACACAAAACAGUUGGGAAUAAUUUCUCACUCAAGGGACCACCAAAGGAAGCCCAGGCCCCUCGAGCUUCAUUUUUUUUAACCAUUAUUUUUUUUAUGCCAUUAUGUCUAGGGUCAAACAGCAUUAAUACAAGACAAUGAACAUGUAUGUUGUGCAAAAAUAUUUUUUGUUUUUUAUUAAAAAUUUAAAUAGCAUUUAAAAAGGAAUAGUUGUGCUAACAAAGGAAUAGGAAAUAACUAGUUAGCCGGCAGACAUAUUCAUAUUGUCGGACCGUACUUGUUCUCUAGCAUGACUCAGCUUUGAGUGGCUUUUGUCGGAAAGCACUGUGUCACGAUUCAAACAUACCAACAAUUUAUUUCUUCCAAAAAGUAGUUAGAAUGAAACAUAACGUGAGAAGAGUGUAGAUCACUGCUGCAAUAUAUCGUUCACAUCACUAAUCAUCAGAACUGUAUUGUUCAUUUCAAUGUACAAGCCUCAUGUCAAAGGCCUUUUGUACUGAAACACUUUUGUUUUGAUCCAUUUCCAGCUUUCCUGCUUUUACAGUGUCCAACCACUAAUCUUUCAAAGAAAGCAGCCUGUUUGGGUGACCGGUUAUUUCUUUUGACAGUUUUAGUCUGUCUUUAAAUUUAAUAGCAGGAAAUGAGUGUUAUCACCUGUACAGUUGCACUCCAUAAAUGGGUGUUAACAAGCAAACUGGGCUAAGUCAUGGAGAAAUAAACAGUCCAUGUGCCAGUUCAUUGGUGCUAAUUACAUUUUCCCACCGUUUUAGAAUAUUUUUUUGUAGCUUUUCAAUAUAUCCAGAAUCUGUUUUGGUUUCAAUGCUCGUAAUCCAAAAUGAAAAGAUACUGUAGCGAGUAAAAGGUAGUAUAUAUUGCAGUACUUUGGGGGUCAUUCCGAGUUGAUCGCUAGCUGUUUUCAGUCGCUGCGCAGCGAUCAGGCAAAAAAUCGGCACUUCUGCGCAUGUGGCGCAAUGCGCAUGCUCGUCAUGCUAUUACAACGAACGAUGUAGUUUCACACAAGGUCUAGCGAAGCUUUACAGUCGCACUGCUGACCGCAGAGUGAUUGACAGGAAGAGGGCGUUUCUGGGUGUCAACUGACCGUUUUCAGGGAGUGUUCAGAAAAACGCAGGCGUGCCAGAAUAAACGCAGGCGUGGCUGGGCGAACGCAGGGCGUGUUCGUGACAUUAAAACAGGAACUGAAUAGUCUGCAGUGAUCGCAAGCGCUGAGUAGGUCUGAAGCUACUCUGAAACUGCACUAAAAUAUUUUGUAGCCGCUCUGCGAUCCUUUUGUUCGCACUUCUGCUAAGCUAAAAUACACACCCAGUGGGAGGCGGCAUAGCGUUUGCACGGCUUCUAAAAACUGCUAGCGAGCGAACAACUCGGAAUGACCACCUUGGGACAGAGAAAUAGGCAGUUUAUGCAUGUAAAUGUUACCAUCUUUUCAGACGAGCACCAACUUAUGGGAAUCACAGUGACACUCUUUGAAAGUGUGUUUAGUAAGUCUGCUUCAGGCUGCUGUUCCUCAGUACCAGAGCAGGGAUCUGUGCCGCCCAAGCAUCCCUGAACAUGUGAUGUCAUGCCAAGGGAGCAGGGCUGCCAUCACCAGGAAAUAUAUCAUGCCUAUAAUGUACCUAAGAUGAUCCGGGUAGUCUACAGGCUGCAUGGUGUGUGCCUGUCACAUCCCAAUAACUAUCUGCACCAGCACUACUGGCUUCAGGGUGCUGUUUCAGGCUUCCCACAAGCCAAGUGCAGGUGUCAUCGGCCGUCAAUGGUGCUGCCCCCAGAUCUCUGCACCCUAGGCAACGUAGCCGCUACAAUUCCCCUAGUGACGACCGUGCUGUUCCUUGUCUACUUCUAAACAAAAUGAAUAAAAUCUUGUACUCUGUAUUCACCAUGAAGCUUACAGUAUGAAUGUAACACAUUUGUAAUGAUUUAUUAGGAAAAGUAUGCAGUAUCUAAUGACCAGUGCCCACCCAAGACAUAUGCCUUGCAGAUCAGCCCUCACCAACUAGUAGAUUCAUGGUGAUCCCAUGUUUAGGCAGUGCUAUAGCAGGGCACUAAUAAACCCUUAUGCAGCCAUGUGCCCACCCUCCUUGCACAUGGUGUCUCUGUAGCUCUCUGUUACAGUAGCUCCCCUCGCACAACCCUAGCUACAACCCUGUGCUCAUUCCUGUCAACCCUGGUAACAAUGUGUAUCAACGUAUCUUUAAAGCACGUCAGCCCCAAGUGGCUUUAUAAACACUGAGCAGAGUAUUCAUUCUAACCUCACUUCCACAGCUGACUUUGUAAACAGCAUGGGGCAUAUGUAAUAGGGUCCGAGUUUGCCAUAGGUGCGGGAUUCCUGAUGAUCUCGGACGUUUGUCUUAAAGCAGCAAUCAUUUACAAGGCAUACUUUGCCUUGUAAAUGUUUACUGCUUUAAAAAAACCUCUGAGAUCGGUCUGCAUCCCGCACCUCUGGCAGUCUUGGAUCCUAUUACCUAUGCUCCAUAUCUGGCCCAGGAAUGUAUCUCCAGAAGGGAGGCACUGAACACCAGUUCCCUGUGGAUCAUAUAGGGGGGUGUAGUGGUUCAUCUAUAGGGAAAGACCACUUUAAGCACCACAGUUCAUUGCGAGUCUCCUCUAUUGCUAAUGCAUUGGAAAUCAUUUGGGUCAACUCAAUUCAAUUAGGGGCGAUAUAUACCUCACUUACUGUACUGCCGGACUUGCACGUUUUUGUUUGCAGCCUCAUAGGGCUUCAUCCAAAAAUCAGCAAGUUCGGUAUGACAUUGGGUCACAACAAGAGUGGGCGAGUUCUGCUGCUGUUACUGGCAUUUAUAUGCCACAGCAAAUCGCCCCUUUCGGUCCUAAUUGAAUGGGACCCAAUAAAUCCGUUUACAAUCAGUAUUUACAUACAGUAUUUCAUUAAUACUGUACUUUCUUUAUAGGAAAACAUUUUUUAUACAGUUUCUCAAAUAGAUAUUAAUGAUUUGCAAACAUUGUUACUAAUCCCUUAUAGGCAAAAACAAUAUUUAAAAUGAUCAGCAUGUGACAUGGAAUUUAGGAGCUGAUUGGUUAGAACUUUAUCACCGUGCUAUUUAUCACUCUCCAAAGCUUGAUAAAUGGGGGCCAAUAUCUCUGGGAACUUCUCUGAUUUAUUCAGUUCUUUCAUCAUGGCAAAAUAAAGUAUGUAUUUGCAGUUGCACUAUCCGUAUUCUUAGUAAGCAUUGGAGGCGAAUGGAGGUGAAGUGAAGACGUUUUGUUUAUGCCUGAUUGGGAGUUUGCAUUGUGUAAAGAUUUUUUGUACUUGGACUGAACCUUCUUUUCCUCCAUCAUAACAUACUCGGGGCUAUAUUGUCCUGUGCUACAUAAUAUAGAGACUCCGGCUGGAUGUAAUGACGACUGAGUAUAAUGACGCCCGACUGCCGGACAAACCUGGACGUUUUUUUUUUUAAGGGGCAAUCACAAGGCAUAGUUUUGCAAGCGAUUGCCCCUUUAAAAAAAAGUCAGAGUCCAGCCACUAUCUGCACGGCCGCCAAACUCGGGCGUCAUUACAUCCAGCCCUCAGUCUGAGUGAUAAUACAGCAUUCUGUAUAUGGCAUUGGCUUAUAUAUUGUGUGUGCACACAGGCCCAUGAGUCCAAGGGUGUACAACGUCACGCACCCUGCCCCCCUCCCACCAUACACUCAUCAAUGGUGCCAUCCUUAUGGUGGCAUAUUCAGAAAGAUGGUUUCACAUGGGAGCUAGAGUAGCAAAUACACAGUGUCAGUCAUUUCACUCUGCUGUGCAUUCAUCAUCUCUCUGAUCACCAUAAAGAUGAGCAACUGGGGGGGAGGGGGCACUGUACACGGCCCCUCCCAGCUCUUAAAAUGCUCCUGGUACAUACUAGAGCAGGUACAUUCAGUCUGAACAGUUCUGGUUGGUUUCUGCAUUCCACUCCAAGAUUUGGGUUCAGUAUAAUAUCCCGGCUGUUGGGAUGCCUGCGGUCAGGACACCAACGCUGGGAUCCCAACAGCCAGAAUACCGGCGGUGAGUGCAGCGUGUCCCCUCUCCACGCUUCGGGUUCGGUUAUAUUGCCCCUCGGGUGAUCGGGAUUACGCCCGGCGGUAUUUCGCUGGGUGUCUUGAUUCCGGCGUCAGAAUCCUGACAGUCGGGAUCCCAAAAGCUGGUAAAAUUAUUGCCUCCCCAAGAUUCUGCUAAUCAGCCAAAACACUUUCCAACCAGUACCUGCUGUCCCCACUGAGAAAAAAUGGUAAUAUAACCAUCUAGUUAUAUAGUUUAUGUUGGAAAUGUCUCCAAAGGUUUUUGGAAAAUGCAUAUUUUAAAUCUUUGUUUUAUAGCAUGACACCCUGAAUGAAACAUGUUGGAAAUAUUCUUUAAGUGCUGUAAAUAGAUAACACGCCUUCUUUUUUUAAACUCUAUAUGUAUGUAAAUGAGGUCAAUGCUCUGUCAACUGUGUAUAAUAUGUACAAUACAGGAUGUUCAUCCUUAUAAAUAAUUUAAUGCAAACCACUCUCAUAUUUUAUAUUAGUGGAUGCUUGCACUCAGCAUAAAAUGAUUACAACAAAGGACUCAUUUAAUUCUUAUUAUAUCAAAGUAACUUAUGACAUAUUAUUGAGUCAAACUCUGUAUUGUCUGGAAAAUGUAAGAAAAAAAUAAAGCGAUAUUAAGAAAGGAA